CUGAAAUACUUGAGGCUCUGCUAGCUGUUACCUCGGCUUGUACCUCGACUUGUUCCAAGUACAAGCGGGCGAGUCCUUGAUCCCUUUGCGGAUGGAUAGGGAUGGGAAGACCCUUGACUUGAUUCACAGUCCACUUGCACUGUCGUAUAAUAAGUCCAAGGCCCCCUCGUGCUUUUCUUCCUGUCACGCCUUUUCUUUUUUCAACCUUAACCUUCAGUCAACAACAAAGUGGUAUGAGACUUGAUCAUACCUCAAGUGCCUCUAUUCAACAAUAUAACGAGCAAUCCCACAUUUAUAUCUACUGAUACCCCUUCUCACGUUUCUUCUUCCCUCACAAUACCCGUGGCACAUUCGUUUUGUAGACUCGAACGCACGCCACCUUUCCAUCCCGAACUACUCGAAGACCAUCAUAUCAUUCGUGAUUUGUGCAUCUGGCACAGUUCGUCAAGAUGACCAACCCGUGGCUCUACCAGGACGACAGCUACCACGUGCCCUACUCUUACAACAGAAUGGAGUAUACACCGGGACUACUCGAGAGCUUUAUCGACCCCAGUUUGCAAAGUUUUACAACACCAUCAGCCUACCCGACCACCAUGGAUCAACACCAUUCGAUGCAACUCCAGCUCAAGGAAGGACAAAAGACAAUGUUCUUCAACUCCGACAUCCCACAACAGGCUACCUUCAUUCCUUCCACGUUGGGGGUCAUAAAUCCAUUCCAGGUCCGCUGCAUCAGUCCCUUUUCGGCCUUCGAGACUUCAGAAGCAUCCGGAAGUGCACAGAGCCCACCCGCAGACACCAUCACCGAACCACCUGCAUGCUACGAAGCCCGAUCGCCCCUACAAGAACCUUUGCAUCUUGAAGAUUUUGGCCUCUCUCAGAACCAUCCUAUCCAAUUCGCCGGCAUAGGCAAAGGUCUGGGCAACGGCUUCUUCGUCAACCCUAUGGACGUCAACUCAACCGGGCAGUUGGACGGCUAUGACAGCGAAACCAGCACUCCCGAUUUCACCUUGCCUCAGCGGGUCAACAGCUGGGAGAGUUACACGACCGGUGGGCUGUCCGGGUGUGACAUGGAGCAAAUUCAGCAGCAGCAGCAGCAGCAGCACAGCUCUCCUAUAGUUGACUGCACCAAGCCCGCCAACCACUACCCACCUGCGUCCCAGGAGAAGAUUGAGGAGCCGUCUCUAGUCAUCCUUCCACGCGCACCCAACCUGAAGCGAACGAGGCAGGCCGAUGCCGACGCCGAUGAAUACCUCCCAACGACCAAACGAACCGCCGCAGUUCUCAGCCGAUCAACAUCCACCAAAACCAAAACAACCACCCCCCGUCGCGGCCGCCCCCCAACCUCCCACUUCCCCUUGACUACCCACCGCCCUCACCAACACCAACCCACCCGAACCCUCCCCUCAACAGCUACCAAAGCCCUCACUCCCAACUCCUCCAGAGGUAAUCUCCUCUGCCCCCACCCGCCCUGCCACCAAUCAUCCCAUGGCUUCAAAGACCAACCCUCUCUAGACGCACACAUCAAGAAACAGCACUCACGCCCGUUCAUCUGCGUCUUCAGCUUUGCCGGUUGCGAUUCCACUUUCGGCAGCAAGAACGAGUGGAAGCGGCAUGUGGCCAGCCAGCAUUUGAUCCUAGAAUACUGGCUUUGUCAAGAGGGUGAAUGUGCUAACGUUGAUAACAACGUCCCUUCUUCUAUGGGAGUAGUUACUGGAGGCAGUGGACCAAGAUCAGGAAAGAGGAGAAAACCAGUACAAACCAUGAUCCCAGGGGACGACAACGACGAGAACGAAGACGACGAAGACCUCCCCCUCCUCCCCAAUGGCGCCAUCUUCAACCGCAAAGAUCUCUACACCCAACACGUCCGUCGAAUGCACUUGCCUUCCCACCUUACCCCCUUUUUACGAAAAGAAUCCACAUCUACAAACGACACCACCACCACCACCACCACCCAACAAGAACUCAACAUCUACAUCGCCACCUUACAAUCCCGCGCCCAAAUCAAGCGCUGUGCCCUGCCCACAUACAUGCGUUGUCCUGUCCCCAGCUGUCCACAGCCCCCCUUCAAGGGCACAGAAGCAUGGGACCAGCGAAUGGAACAUGUCGCUAAGCAUUUGGAGAGCUAUGCUGCUGCUGCUGCCACUGCUGCUGCUGCUGCUGCUGCUGUCGCUGUCACUACUACUUCCGGUACAAGAACUGGAUCGGAAGUGGAAGUGGACUCGUUGUCAGUAGCGGCGGAACAAGACAAAGACAAGGUGGAAUUCGGCAGCGAAAGCGACAUUACUUUGACGGAGUGGGCUUCUAGUAGGGAGGUGGGCAUCAUUAAGCGUGUCAGGACUACGACUGGGACUGGAAUGAGGAAAGUAGAAGGAGGAUGGAAGUGGGUGACGAGGGACCCGAUUAAGAGGAGAGGACAUGGCGGGAAUGGAACUGGAAGUGGAAGUGCCGCCGGUGGGUACGGCGGAGUGGGUAGUAGGGGAGGACGGACGAAGACGAAGGCAAAGGCAAAGGCGAAGGUGACAACGAAGUCGAACACGAAGAGGGGACAAGAGGUGGAGGAGGAGGAGAUUGUGGUUCACACUCAAAAUCACCAGUCGUUCGAGUUUGAGGAGGAUGAAUGACUAUUGAUAAUGAAAGGAAAGGUGGUGGACAGGACGUCGCUGCCUUCUCUUUUGUUAUUGUUGUUGUCAUUGGAUUUUGUGCAGGAGGGUUGGGUUCGAAUCCAUUCAGGAUCAGGAACCGGCUUUUGGGAAGAAUUGUUAAUACGUUUACUGGAACUGAGGAUUUGGUGGGGUUGGAUACUAUUCCUGAUGAUGACUGAUGAUAAUACCAUGCUUAUUAGAUCCAGAUACUUUUUACAGCUCUUUCCUUUGUUUGUUUGUUUGUCAUGUAGUC